AAAAGCAGGUCAAAUAGUCCACUGAUUUGGCUUUCUCUGUCUCUCUUUCUCUCUGUCACUGUUACACUACUAGAAGCUCUCCCUGAGCUCUCACUCAGAUCCAGCUUGACAGGCCAAGGUUUGAUAACAGAGUUUGAUAAUAGUGUAGUGGUAGUGAGUUAGCAAGCUCGUUGUUGGACGAAAGUUAUUGUAGAAUGAACUGAAGUCUUGUCAUUGGUGAGAAGAUAAUGGAAGAAAUACAGUCACAGUCAGAUAAUUAUAGGUCGUCAUCAUCUUCAGCAAGCAGUCCGGCAAGUAGGGUGCCUUCAAGUAAUUUUUUCUACUUGCACAAACCUGGUUCACUCAGACAACCAAUCUCAUUUGAAGAUUCACCUGAGUGGGAGGACACAGAUGUUGAUGUUAGGGUGGAAGAAGGUGGUGACUCUAUCAAUAUUGCAACCACUCCGGUCUCACCAUCGCUUUCAAAGCUCAAUAGUGGGUCCUUGCCAUCCCCACCAUUACCCGAGGGUGCAACUGUAGUAAGAAAGAUUGCAGGGGCUUCAAUUGUGUGGAAGGACUUGACUGUUACAGUAAAAGGGAAAAGAAAGUACUCGGACAGGGUAGUGAAGAGUUCAAAUGGUUAUGCAUUGCCAGGAACUAUAACAGUAAUAAUGGGUCCUGCUAAAUCGGGGAAGUCCACACUACUAAGAGCACUUGCAGGAAGACUGCCUCACUCAGCAAAAAUGUAUGGUGAAGUGUUUGUAAACGGUAACAAAGUGUCAAUGCCAUAUGGUUCAUAUGGUUUCGUGAAGAGGGAAAUUAAUUUAAUUGGAUCUCUAACUGUUCGGGAGUUUCUGUAUUACUCAGCACUCCUUCAGCUUCCUGGUUUUUUUUGUCAGAAGAAGGGUGUAGUAGAGGAUGCUAUUCAUGCCAUGUCACUGGGUGAUUAUGCAAACAGAUUGAUAGGUGGUCACUGCUAUAUGAAAGGCCUUCCCAACGGAGAGAGACGGCGCAUUAGCAUUGCCCGAGAACUUGUGAUGAGGCCUCAUGUCUUAUUCAUAGAUGAGCCUCUUUAUCACCUUGAUAGUGUUUCUGCAUUGCUGAUGAUGGUUACCUUGAAGAAGCUUGCAAGUACAGGUUGCACUCUGAUAUUUACCAUUUACCAGAGCAGCACAGAAGUCUUUGGCCUAUUUGACAGGAUAUGUCUGCUUUCUAAUGGGAACACCCUUUUCUUUGGAGAAACAUUGUCUUGCUUGCAGCACUUCUCAAAUGCUGGAUUUCCAUGUCCGAUAAUGCAAAGUCCUUCCGAUCACUUCCUGCGUGCAAUAAAUACAGAUUUUGAUAGGAUCAUUGCAAUGUGCAAGAACUGGCAGGAUGACAAUGGGGACUUCUCAUCUGUAAACAUGGACACAGCUGUUGCAAUACGCACCCUUGAAGCAACUUAUAGAUCAUCAGCUGAUGCUGCUGCAGUUGAAAAUAUGAUACUAAGACUCACAGAGAAGGAAGGUCCAUUACUUAAAAGCAAAGGAAAGGCUGGCAGUGCUACACGGAUAGCAGUCUUAACUUGGAGAUCAUUAUUGAUAAUGUCAAGGGAAUGGAAAUACUACUGGCUUCGACUUAUUCUUUAUAUCAUAUUUGCACUCUCUGUUGGUACAGCAUUUUCUGGCUUAGGGCAUUCCUUGUCUUCAGUUCUGACAAGAGUUGCAGCCAUAUUUGUGUUUGUUUCAUUUACUGCACUACUAAGCAUCGCUGGAGUUCCUGCAAUUAUGAAAGAAGUCAAGAUAUAUGCGAGUGAAGAGUCAAACCAACAUUUGGGGGCACUAGUCUUUUUAGUUGGGCAGCUUCUCUCUAGUAUCCCGUUCCUGUUCCUCAUCUCUAUCUCGUCAAGUCUUGUCUUCUACUUCCUUGUAGGAUUGCGAGAUGAGUUCAGCUUGCUGAUGUACUUCGUGCUAAAUUUCUUCAUGUGCCUAUUAGUCAAUGAAGGACUGAUGCUGGUUGUUGUAUCUUUAUGGCGAGACGUUUAUUGGAGCACCCUGACUCUAGUAUCUGUACAAGUGAUAAUGAUGCUAUCUGCGGGCUAUUUCAGAAUUCGAAAUGCUUUGCCUAAACCAGUGUGGACAUAUCCAAUAUCGUAUAUUGCUUUCCACACCUACUCUAUACAGGGGCUGUUGGAGAAUGAAUACCUUGGGACUUCCUUUGCAGUUGGGCAGGUACGGACCAUCUCUGGGUAUCAAGCACUCCGAAGUGCAUACGAUACCUCUAUGGACAGUAAUUCCAAGUGGGCAAAUUUAUUGGUGUUGUUUCUAAUGGCAGUUGGGUAUCGUCUCCUCGUCUUUGUUUUACUGUACUUUCGAGUCGGGAAUAAAAGGUUCAUGUCUAAGAUUUUCAAGUGUAAUCGGGAUACAAACAAUGCAAGAUAAAUGAAGUUGCCAUGUGCUUCAUUUGGCUCCCAAAAUUGUAAAAUUGUCUUUGCAUGUGCAAUUU